GCCCUGUAGAUGUACACAAACACAAUGGAGGACAACAUACUUUCGGUCACUGCCGAGUUCUCGCUUGAGAAAGAGGAAAAAGUUACUGAAACAGAAGAAAUCACUGGCAACCGUGAAAUUCACGCCAAACUUACGUUUACGAAAGAACAGGAAAAUGAUUUGCGCCAGGCAUUUAAUCUGUUGGAUUACAAUGGAGAAGGGAAAAUUAACGCUCAAGAUUUUCGAGUCGCUAUAAAAGCUCUUGGUUACGAACCAACGGCCGAGGAGCUGCAGCACAUGAUCAAUGGCGUAGACAAGGGUGGCUCCGGAAAACUGAGCUUCGAGAAUUUCCAGACGCUUCUCAUGCGUAAAGUCAUGGCGCUGGACACUGACGGGGACAUCAUGAAAAGUUUUCGUCUCUUUGACAUCGAUGACUCUGGGGUCAUAAGUUUCGAGAAUUUGAAGACGGUCACAGAGAUUCUAGGCACAUAUCUUACGGAUGAAGAAAUUGAAGAGAUGAUGGACGAUGCCGAUAAAGAUUACGAUGGAUUUGUCUCAGUGCACGAAUUCAUGAAGAUGAUAAAGAGCAGUGUUGAUAUUGUGACUCCUUGAUUCCAUUUUAGAAUUAAUUUUAAUACAUU